AAAUACGCAUGCUGCGCGCAGGCCACCGCGCGCCCGUGCUCAUCGCCGGCGGCGGGCCCGUCGGGCUCACGCUUGGCCUGCUCCUCGAGCACGUAUACAAGGUUCCCGUGGACAUCAUCGACCGGCAGCUCUCGCCCACACACCACCCGCAAGCCCAUUUCAUGAACCUGCGCUCGAUGGAGAUCUUGCGCACGCACCUGCCCGUGCUGCACGACCGCGUCCUCGACCACGCCGCGCCGCCGCACCAAUGGCGCGACUACGUCUACUGCGCCCGCGUCAUGGGCAACGAGCUCGCGCGCGUCGACCAGUUUGGCCCGAGCAUUCGCCACCCGCCCGCGUCGCCCGGCUUCCGCAACGAGCUCAGCGAGAGCUUGCACCUCUUGUCGCCGACGCAGCCCGUGCACUUUCCGCAGCACAAGUUUGAAGACCUCUUGAGCGCGUACGCAACCGAGGCCGGGCUCCGCUUCCGCCGCGGCGUCGAGCUCACGCGCCUCGAGACGACGCGCAGUGACGGGCUGCGCGUGGCGCUGCGCAACGUGCAAUCGGGGGCCACGGAAGAGCUCGAGUACGCGUACGUCAUUGGCUGCGACGGCGCCCACAGCAAGGUGCGCGCGGCCGUCGGCGUGGCCAUGGAAGGCUCGUCCAGGCUCCAGAGCCUCGUCAACGUGCAUUUCACGAGCCACAAGCUUGCCGAACAUGCGCGCACGUGCCCGGCCAUGCUCUACUUUGUGUUUAACCACUCGGUCAUUGGGGUCUUGAUCGCGCACGACCUCGAGAAGGGCGAGUGGGUUUUUCAAAUCCCGUGUUUUCCGUCCAAUCCCAAGAAGCCGCUCGCCGAGUACUCGACAGCAGCCUGCGACACGCUCAUUCGCGCGGCAGCCACCGCGUCCGGCGCGGCCUCGCUCGACGUCGACAUCCACUCUAUCGGCUACUGGGAGAUGCAGGCGCAGGUCGCCGCCACGUACAGUGCGGCCGACGACCGCGUCUUCUUGGCUGGCGACGCCGCGCACCGGUUCCCGCCCGCUGGUGGCUUUGGCAUGAACACGGGCAUCCAGGAUGCGCACAACCUCGCGUGGCGGCUCGCGCGGCACGUGCACGGGUCGCCGACGUCGCUGCGUCAGUACUCGGCCGAGCGCCAGCCGAUCGCCAAGGCCACGACGUCGCUGAGUCUCCAGAACUUUGAGCGGACGCUGCGGGUGCCAAGCGCGCUCCACGUCUCGUAUGCGUCGGCGCAGCAGCUGGAAGCCGCGACGCACUCGUCUCUCUUCCAACUGCUACCGUCCAGCGUGCGCCAGUCGGUCGUCUCGUCGGCGCUGGCGGCCGGGUCGGCGCACCUCCGGUCGCUCGAAGACGCGGCGUCGAGCAUGGGCGCGCACCUUCGCCGCCGCGUCACCGAGAUUGUCCAGCGGCGCAAGGCCAUUGGGAUGCUCUUUUUCAAGUGGGAUCUGGGCUACGUCUACAACGCGCCGUUCCCGGACGCCACCGACGCGGCCCUCGAUGCGUCGCACGAGUUCAAUUCCCCCAACGGCUUUGUUCCUGCAAUCCAAGUCGGCGGCCGCCUCCCGCACAAGUGGCUGCGAUGGACCGACACGGACGCCGUCGUCUCGACACUCGACUUGCCGCACUUGAUGGCCGCCUCGAAGGGCACGCCCGAGUACGUGCUUUUGGUGCUCGACACUACGGUGCCGUCUCUCUCGGUGCCCACAGUCGUUGUCGGCGCGUCGGCGACGUUUGUCGAUGCGACCGAGUCGCUUGGCCCCGACGUCGCAGCGCUGCUCGUGCGCCCCGAUGGUCACAUUGCGCAGGUGUGGGCCGCUGCCACCGACGUCACGCAGGCCGCCAUCGACGCUGCGAUUGCCACCACUUAGAGUCAACCGUUCCAUAUCCAUCGACGCGACGAUAUGUAAGAAGAGAGUGUGCGCGGUUGUCA